AUGACUCUGGUUCACACUGUUCUGUUCACGUUCAAGGCAUCUGCUUCCGAUGAGGAGGUCAGGAACGUUUGCAAACAAUUCGUCGCCCUAAAGGACAAGUGCAUCCACCCCACGAGCCAGGCGCCAUACAUUUUGUCCCUGAAGGCGGGCAGGGACAACUCUCAGGAGGACUGUCAGGAAGGAUUGACACACGCCUUUGUGGUCGAGUUCCCCUCGGCGGAGGACAGGGACUAUUAUACGAACCAAGAUCCAGCGCACCAGGCAUUGGCCAAGGCAAUGGAUCCUUUGGUCGAAAGAGCCGUUGCGGUUGACUUUCUCGACGGUGUUUUCUGA